AUGGCCUCUCGUGUUUUGAGGAGGGCCACGUAUGGAACACUUAGGGCUUUAAUGACUUUCUUUUCAUCCCAAGUUGGUGUCAGCAUAGGUGAAUUGCCAGAUGAAUUAGCUGAGAGUCUGCCAGUGUUUGAAUGUAGUGGAAUUGUAAAGUAUGAAAAAUGUCUGGCCUCACUUGCAGAGAAAAAGAGUUGCAGAGAAAACUUCAUAAACACUUCUCCAUCACCCACAAACUCAUCUCCACUGCCCACAAGUACUUCCCCAUCACCCACAAGCAAGUUUUCAUCACCGGCAGAACCGAAUUCCCAAGCUGGUAACAGUAGACUUUUGUCUAUUCUGAUUAGACUCUCAGCGGUCACCAUCAUCCUGGUCCUCCUCAUUUGCUUCCUCAUUUGUCACUGCUGUCGUGCAAAAAAGGAUGCCACUAUGCUCAGCAGAGAGCCUGAAGUGGACACCGCAGUGAGUGGGAAGGUACCUGAAGAAGACCCACAAGAGGUGACUUACACAGAGCUGGGACACUGGACUCCCAAGAGGAAAAAUAUCACUCCCACCCCACAGAGGUCUGAGGCCCCCUCAACUAAUACCCACCUGUACAUGCAAGUGGCUGUACACUAA